CUUUUCACACCUCCGUUUCAAAGACAGCCAACCAGCACUCGGACUACAAACACACGGUUUCAUUCAAAAAACUCCACAAACAAAAACUUCCAAACGCAUCCGGAAAACCGUCCCGCGUACGACUCAGAGGCCGCUGCUCACACACCGGACCGAAGUGGAACACUAAAAGGAGUGUUUAUUCGAGGUAAAGUGGGUCCGUAGCGUGAAUAUGGCGACCGCAACCCCGAGCCGCGAGUCUGGCCGCGCGUCGGCCGCGCAGACGCCCCUGAGCCCGACGCGGAUCUCGCGUCUGCAGGAGAAACAGGAGCUGAGCGCGCUCAACGAUCGCCUGGCCGUGUACAUCGAUCGCGUACGGUCUCUGGAGCUCGAGAACGACCGGCUGCUCGUCAAAGUGUCCGAGAAAGAGGAAGUAUCGACCAGAGAGGUGUCUGGGAUUAAGUCUCUUUACGAGGCCGAGCUCGCCGACGCUCGCCGCGUUCUGGACGAAACCGCUCGCGAACGAGCCAGACUUCAGAUCGACCUUGGAAAAGCCAACUCUGAUCUCGAGGAGGUCACCCGGAACUACAAGAAGAAGGAUGGGGAUCUGGCUUCGGCUCUGGCCCGGAUUAAGGAUCUGGAAGCGCAGUUCAACAAGAACGAGGCGUCUCUCAACACGGCGCUCCGCGAGAAAGGCUCGCUGUCUGCCGAACUGGCCGACCUGAAGGCUCAGCUAGCCAAAGCUGAAGAUGCUCACGGUGUGGCUAAGAAACAGCUGGAGAAGGAGACGCUGAUGAGGGUGGACCUGGAGAACCGCUGCCAGAGUCUGUCCGAGGACCUGGAGUUCAGGAAGAGCAUGUUUGAGGAGGAGGUGCGUGAGACGCGCAGGCGUCAGGAGAAGCGUGUGGUGGAGGUGGACUCAGGCAUGCAGCAGGACUACGAGUUCAAGCUGACGCAGGCGCUGCAGGAUCUGCGCAGGCAACAUGAGCAGCAGGUGCAGAUUUACAAGGAGGAGCUCCAGCACACCUUCAUGGCCAAGCUGGAUAAUGCCAAGGUGUCGUCGGACAUGAACGAUAAAGCGGUUCUCGCCGCGCGCGAGGAGCUUCAGGAGGCCCAUGUGCGCAUCGAGAGCCUGAGCUAUCAGCUCAGCGCCCUGCAGAAACAGGCGUCAACCGCCGAGGAGCGCAUCCGCGAGCUGGAGGACAUGCUGUCCAGCGACAGGGACAAGUACCGGCGACAGCUGGACGCCAAGGAGCGCGAGAUGGCCGAGAUGAGGGAGAUGAUGCAGCAGCAGCUCAACGAGUACCAGGAGCUGCUGGACGUCAAGCUGGCCCUGGACAUGGAGAUCAACGCCUAUCGGAAACUGCUGGAGGGCGAGGAGGACAGGCUGAAGCUGUCUCCCAGCCCGUCCUCCCGGGUCACGGUGACCCGCACCUCAGCCAGCAGCACUUCUGCGUCUUCACGAAGCUCUCGCGCUAAGAGAAAGCGUGUGGAGCUCGAGGAAGAGUCCAGCGCUGGCCCGAAGGUCCAGGUCAGCCAGGAGGCCGAAGCCACGGGGAGCGUCAGUGUCGAGGACAUCGACCUGGAGGGGAAAUCCGUGACCCUCAGGAACAACUCGGACAAGGAUCAAUCUCUGGGAAGCUGGCGACUAAAGAGACAAAUUGGUGAUGAAGAGGAAAUCACCUACAAAUUCAGCCCUAAGUUUGUCCUGAAGGCCGGUCAGACGGUAACGGUGUGGAGCGCCAGCGCCGGCGUGUCCCAUAGUCCUCCUUCAGACCUGCUGUGGAAGAGCCAGAGCUCUUGGGGAACCGGAGAGAUGAUCCUCACCUCAUUGGUCAACUCGAGCGGAGAGGAAGUGGCGAAGCGAACCGUCACGAAAAGCGUGCUGGAAAUGGAGAACGGUGAUGAUGAGGAUGAAGACUUUGGAGAUGAAGAUCUUUUCCAUCAGCAGGGCGAUCCAAAACCCCGAUCCAGAGAAUGUGCCGUCAUGUGAUGGAGCACCUUUAGUAUUUUCCUUCCCACGAUUCAGUCUUUUUUGUAGAGCCACUACUUUUUGUAUUCUUCGAUCAUGAGUUCAUAACACCCCCCUCCCUCGAUCCUUUAUUUCUACGGACCUCAUUUGUAAAGCCAGUCAAUCUUGAGCAAUAUGCCACGGCUCAUAAACGAAUAGUCUUGAUCAACGAGUCCAACGACCUGAAAUUAGAAAGUAUUAGUGUAAGCCGGUGACUAAGGAAUCUGCAUAUUCAUGUCUAUGAAUCAUGUGUUCUCGUCACUUAUGAAUGGGGUUAUGAUUAUGACGGUGAGCUCAUGUUCUGUAGUGCACUAUAGCUCGUAACUGACAGCUGUCAAUCUUGUGUUUUUUUGCUUCGCCAACCAGACGAACAGGGUGGAAACUAAAUCAAAUGACUUCGUUGACUUCUAAAUGCUUACUCCCACCAUUUAUCCUCAUUUUAUCUUAUUGUUAUUUGUUUUGAUUCGUGCUUUACAUAGUAUUAUGUAUGUUUAAAUCAGUGAUUAAGACAUUUUUCAAGCCUAUAAUCUAG